CCGCCCCCGAAGUUUAUUAACUAACUUCCCGGAGCCGGGAAAGGGGUGUGGGUGUGGUUAUAUCUUUUCCCUGCCUUCGCUGAGCAAGGGGUUCCCGUGCGACCACCUGGUCAUGAUGCAGGACUUGCCCGCUAUCCCCGAGGAGAUCAGUAACUUCCUUGCAGAUGUUGACACAUUCAUAUCAAAUAUCCUAAAAGGUGAAAAUUUAUCCAAAAGAGCAAAGGAAAAAAAGGAUGUCCUGGUUAAGAAGAUGAAAGACAUCAAGUCCAACUACCCACAAGAAUUUCCCGAAAUAGGAGGUGAUGACGAGGGGGAAGAGAAUGAAAGGUCUUGUCCUGCUGCCCCUGACAGUCUCUCUCUAGCAUGUGAUAAAGAGGAUGAAGGCCCUUCUGAUGGUCAUCAGUUUCCUCCAAUUGCGGCACAAGAUCUUCCAUUUGUUUCAGUAUCUGGAUAUUUGGAAAAACGUAGAAAAGAUCACAGUUUCCUUGGCUUUGAGUGGCAAAAACGUUGGUGUGCUUUGAGUAAAACAACCUUCUACUACUAUGGAAGUGACAAAGACAAACAACAGAAAGGUGGAUUCGCUAUAGAUGGCUACACCGUCAGAAUGAAUAAUACCCUUCGGAAGGACGGAAAGAAAGAUUGCUGUUUUGAAAUCGCUGCUCCUGAUAAACGCAUUUAUCAGUUUACAGCUGCUACUCCCAAAGAAGCUGCAGAUUGGGUAGAGAGGCUGAAAUUUGUGUUACAAGAUAUGGGAUCUCUAACUAUUCCAGAAGAGGAAUAUGAUGACAUUGAAGAAAAUUCCAUAGCUCCUUCUCAAUCAGGAGGAGCACCUAUUUUUGAUGACAUUUAUGAAGAGCUUCCAGAAGACGCAGCAACAGUAGCUGAAAUGCCAGGAAAGAGUGAAGAAUCAAAGAAACAAAGUCAGGAUGCUGUAAGCAGUAUUUCAGGCAAUAAAAAAACCGAUUAUGUUAAUUUCUAUCAAGGUUUAUGGGAUUGCGCUGGUGAUGUUCCUGAUGAGCUGUCAUUCAAACGUGGUGAUGUUAUCUACAUUCUCAGUAAGGAGUACAAUAGAUUUGGCUGGUGGGUAGGAGAAAUGAAAGGAACCAUUGGCUUAGUGCCUAAAGCCUACAUAAUGGAGAUGUACGAUAUUUGAGAGGCAAGACCAGUCCGAUUCUACAAGUUGGAAGCCAACUGUGAAGAGGCUACAGAGAUCUACAUGAAAUGAAAGACUGGAAAGAUACAGACAUUUUUACUUUGUUUUUUGCUAUUUGCUUUGACAUUCUUUGUUGUGGUAUACAGUUAUUUAGGGUUGUAUUUAUUACUCACUUGGUUAAUGAGCAUAACCUGAUUAUAUGCACUUGAAACUUAAUGGAAGAGAGCUGCAAUAAAUUUUUGAUGAUCAGCCUAA